AUGCUAGGUGGUACAGCGAUGGCUGAUACUAGUUGGUUAAAACCGUUGGUGUCUCAGUUCAACUGUGAGGGGUACUUGUUGAACAGUGGCAGUUUCCGAUCGGUGAAUUCACUCAUCAAUGAUACAGAUAUCUGGAACCAGACCAUGAACUAUCCAGCAUGGUACGCGAACUGUACGGAUAGCGAUGAAACGUCGAUAUUCAUCGAUGCGUUGGCUGACUUGUCCAAGGAAUUCAGUUUUGUUCCUCAGAAAAACGUGUUUAUCAGUGGGAACCUUGUGAUCGCUUUCGUUCUAUCCGGAGUAUGCAUCGGAGGUUGGAUGUUAUUCUUACUUUUAUUUUUACUACCAUCUACAAACCAUAACAGGCAGAAACGUAUGGUGCAUUUGUACGUGUUGUAUUUCUCCAUAGUCCAAACGGUCAUUUGGAAGAAGACUAACGAUGAGGUCUUUGAAAUACAGUAUAUUAGUAACUAUCAAGAUUCUCUGGCAUUUGACAAAAUGAUAUUGGAAGUUACAUGGUCUAAAGUGGUACGAUUCUUCUCGUUGGUGUUUUGUAAUGUGAAUUGGAUCAUUGUCAUAUAUUAUCUCUGCUCUCGGAGUAGGGGAAUAUCCCGGCGUUGGAGACGGUCUAUGCCCAGGUGGCUCAGAGAUUUAAAUGCAGUUCAUUGGAUAAUGUCCUUGGUCGUGAUCCUAUGUUUGUUACACGUAAUAUUUUUCGGAAUACAGUUAUUUCAAGGGGAAAACAGGGCUCAAACUUCCAUCUCGAUAGUAUUUAGAGUAUCUCAGCUCUCACUUUUCACACUUUUCCUUUUGGUUACUAUAUGGUAUUCUUAUCACAGUUUGAAAUCUGCCUCAGCGUCAGUGGACCAUCAAGGUAUGUCCAUAUUCAGAAGACUGCUUUUGUUUGUUCACGAAUACAAGGAAAUAAUACCGCUUCUAAUAUACAACGUUGCCGUGUAUAUGUUACUGUACGUGGUAGCGAUUUUACAAAUAAGGCAAGGCGAACCUUCAAGCCAUUGGAUCCAUUUUGUGAUUGCUUUCCUCAGAAUCCUGAUCUUCGUUAACGCUUGGGGUCUCAUUGGAAAAUUGGAGGAAAGAGAACAGAAAGUCUCCAAGAAAUCGUUGUUGGGUAGGAAGAUCAACAACAACGAUAGAUUCUUCGUGGAUCCGAAGAUCAACUAUGGCGAAACUAAGCAGUACCUCUCUUCUCCAAAUGAAACAAAACUCCCGAAAAGGCCUCGUCUAUCCAAAUCGUAUAGAAACAUAUUCCAUUCGAAUGGGUCAUUUCGGAAUAACGAUGCGGAAUCAUCAUCAGAGUUUUUCAAUUUACAAGAUAUGGCGAACAAAAACGCAAACAAACCCCAGUUUACUGAUAGAAUUGUUUCUGACACGGAAAGUGUCGACACUAUGUUAACGAGAAACGUCAUUUACGAUCACGAUGCAAAUUGA